AAUAUCAUCUUAUGCAUUCCAAAAUAUGUUAACUACCAACUUUCUUAUUAUUAAAAUCUCGAUUACUACACUUCAAUUUACGCUAUGAUCAUGUUAUUAGACAGAGCUAAUAUUCUAUUUUUGUGUCUAGCAAAAUAUGGAUAAUGGUAAACGACCCCAGAUGGAAGAAGCCGAUUUGACUAAUCCGGAAAUCUUGAAAUAUUAUUUUUUGUUGUGCAAUGAAAUAUUCCCAGACGCCAAAAAAAUGGGUAUACAGGAGUUUAAAUGUAUUAAGAAGGAACUGAAUGAGAGAUUUAACUUGGAUUUUAGGAUAGUAGAUGUUGUGAACAAAUAUAGAGAUAUUUAUUACAAGUGGCAAAUUUGGGAAAAUUUUGUUAAUAAUAAGGAAUUCGUCUUAGCCCACGCCUGUACAGCGGACGUAUCAUGGCUGCAAAGUAAGUCCGAGGAAUGUCUUGAUACAAUUUCUGUAGACAAAGAAGGUCAGCCAAGUAUAGGCCUCUUGAAAUUUGUAUUUGGAAGCUCAGCAAAUGGUAGCAAAGGAAGUGAUUCUUUGAAGCCAACGGCAACAGUACAUGAGCAUGUUGGGGACUCUUCAAGGGACUUGGAAUUCCAUGAGCCAAAAACCAACUCCUCCAAUGAAAUCAGUUUAGAUGACCGCCACAAUAUUUCUGAAAGUAGCAAAUGUGUAAGAUUAGGCUACUGUCCAAAGAGAAUAAAAAUGAAUGGUAGUUGUUGGACACGGACUGCUUUAGAGGAUGACGUGUUUCAGGUGAGAAAAACAUUGAGGUUGGUCUCAAAAACUUGUGGCUUGAUGUCAAAUAAACAUUUCUAUUUGUUCACGGGGAGAUUAUUGAUGAAUCCACGUGAAAGAUCGUGGUUUUAUUUUGUCGAGCCCUCAUUGCGUUUGAGAUAUCUAGAAAAACAGUUUAAAAAGUUUAGUGCAGACAGAGUGAUACCAGAGCCGACCCAACCGACCGGCGCCGACCCGACCGUACCGCCUCUGGCACCAACCGACUGAGCCGAGGUCAGCGAUCGG